CUCUUCGAUCAAAUCAUAAGGUCUACUACCCUAGGAAGUAGCUUUGUCAAGAAAGUAAAGGAGGGACAUGAUUUGCAACAUGCAGCAGAAUUGAAAAUCAAAUCACAUAAAUUUUACAUUUUAUAUCGAUGAAUAAUAAAUUAUACCGAGGCCAAAGGAAAAGAAAGCUUUACGAAAGUGGCUGCGUUUGCCCAUAAACAGAAGCAACACUCAGCGGAGCUAAAUAUUGAAGCGGUGGUGAACGCAGAUGAUUUGUCCUAUUCAAUCUGCAGAAGAACGCUUUCGCGCGCCUGGAAGGCAGAACCGAAGAGUUAUAGUAGAAAACUACCACGGGGAAAAGCUUGUGGGGAUUUUACACGAUGCAGGUUCAACAGAGCUUGUCAUUUUGUGCCAUGGAUUGCAAUCUUCCAAGGAAAGAAUUCCCAUGGUGAACCUUGCUACUGCUCUGGAAAAUGAUGGAAUUAGUGCCUUCCGCUUUGACUUUUCUGGAAAUGGGGAAAGUGAAGGUUCAUUUAGGUAUGGCAAUUACUAUAGGGAAGCUGAUGACCUGCGAGCUGUAGUGCAACACUUCAGGGAGGAGAAAUACAUGAUCACCGCAAUUUUGGGUCACAGUAAAGGGGCUAAUGUGGCACUUUUAUAUGCCUCAAAAUAUAAGGAUGUUGAUAUUAUUGUCAAUAUUUCUGGCCGGUUUAAUCUGGUGAAAGGCAUAGAAGGUCGCUUGGGAAAAAAUUUCAUGCAAAGAAUCAAGCGAGAUGGAUUUAUUGAUGCUAAGAAUGCAAGAGGGAAAAUUAUCUAUCGUGUCACAAAGGAAAGUUUGAUGGACCGCUUAUCAACUAUUACCCAUACUUCAUGUCUAUUAAUUCCUCAAACUUGCAGGGUGUUGACGGUUCAUGGAUCCAAGGAUCCCAUAGUACCAGCGGAAGAUGCUUUAGAUUUUGCCAAGUUCAUAUCCAAUCAUGAACUGCGCAUUAUAGAAGGAGCUGAUCAUGAAUACACUUGUCAUCAAGACGAGUUGAUCCGCAUAGUUUUAGAAUUCAUCAAGACUCGUCGUGAUAGAGACGGAGAUGCAUGUAAGCAGGCACCACUUGGAACUGUAGAUAAAACUCGUCCUUCACGAUUGUAGUUAUAGCGGCCAGUAAAAAGCAGCUGUUGGGUUGGAAAAAAUUGACAGAUCUCACACCAAUUAUCGUGUUUUGCGUUAUCAUUAGCGCUCCUUCAACAUUUGCGACUGUUGAGAACAGCUGUAUCAAUCCUAGUUAUUGCCAUGUUCGAAGUCGCUGUUAUUUCACCUUUGUAGAAGUUUUACAGGCAGCUGAGCUUACUGUAAAUUUUCAUUGGUUUAGAGAAAAGUAAUAUUGAAGAAGCAUCAUCAAUGAAAUUUUAAUUUUAUUAAA